AUGGAGAGAGAGCAUGUGCCCCUUUGCGAUCUUGGAUUUGGACCGCUUGCAUGCUUCGUCACGCUGAAACCGCUGUCGACGUGUCAUGUCUUUGCACAUCUGAGCGAGCAUGAACAGCCCUUGGAUUCUAAGGCAUUUGAGAACUCAGACGCGACGAGAGGCAACGCGCAAGAGAUACAGAUUGAGGAUGAUCACCAGCAGGCGACGACAGAGCCGGCUGCUUCGCAGAAACCGAAGGAGCAGCACCAAUACCAGCUGUCGGACAAUGACUCCCCAUCGCUGCAAAGCUUCAGCAGUGGCGGUAGCAGCCCAAGUUCUGUGAGACCCAAGCAUCCCAGACCACGCACACCACGUCAGGGUGUGCCAGUGCGGCACCUUACCGGCGAAAUGGCAAUCCGAGGUCAGUUGAAAGAUACAAGCAAGGCAUCGAUACUCCGCGACAAUUCAUCGUGGAAGCAUGAGUCGGGGCAUCCACCGCAUCACCCGCAUCCCCAUGUGACCGGGAACGACGAAACGGAUAAGCAGCUCUUGCUUGAUGCCUGGAAGUCAUGCCGAUUGAUGGAGGCCAGCCGUUUGGUCCAGAAGUCCCGCUCCUCGAAGAGGCUUUUUCAUGAGAUCCUGGACGAAGCAUCGCUGGAAGUCAUUCAUCGGGUUGAAGCCAUCUACACUCAAUCUCUGGACGAGCUUAUGCAACACCAUCAUACCGGCUGGAGGAAGGAGCGCGACGAGAAGCGUGAUCUGGACAUGGCCUUCAGGUUGACACCUGAUAACUUGCAAGCCGUGGCCACGACUGUGUUGAGCGGCUUCAGCUUAGUCGAGAUUUUCGAUGCAUUACGCGACUAUGUUCAACAAGAUGAGUACAAUGACGAUACGUACGUCGGCCAGCUGGACAACGAGCUGAUGCAGGACUCCCUACUCCAUGUUCGGCGGCAUGGGCAUGGAGAUGUUGAAGACAACGUUGUCCAUUUCAGCUGCAUGGACGCUUUGGACGAACCACUCGGAGCGCUCUGGCUGUCCAGCUACACUCCGCCCUUGAAGAGGGGACGGCACGCCCGAAGCUUUCGUGGCAUUGCUUUACCUAAGCCACAGACAGGUGCUGUGCGCCUCGCAUUUUGGCGCAGCUCCUUUGCGAUUGCUCCGGUUUGGAGUGGCCUUGCCGCCACUGCACCCAGUGCCGUCAAGGUCACCUACGCAGUCGCCAGACGACCAUCAUCUGCUGCCUCCAUCUUCCCGAGCAGAAUGUACCGUGAGGUUUCCAGCAGACUCGCCAAGUUCAAGGAUUUCCUGCACAUGCGGGAGCAGAGUGCCUCCACAGUCGCCGACUGCGACAUAUACAAUCGCAUUAAGAGACACCUCAUGGAGUGCGCGCCGUCUGCCCCUCACGCCUCCCGCAACGACGAGGUUUCCUUUCAGGAGCUUGCCUCCAUUUUACCUGAUGAUUGGGCAGAUUAUCAUGAAGCCGAGCAUGUUAAUGAUUUCCGCUAA